GUUCUGCGCUCUUUAUCCUGAACGCGCGCUCCCUUCUUCUGUUGACUUGCUGAAUCAGUUUUCUGGUCUUCCCAGUCGUUGAUAUCUUGUCAAGAAGUAUUGGCGGCAAGUGCUCGUCCAUUUGUCGCAAACCUAGUUCAUUCGCUUCACUCAUUCAUAGCGAUUCAACUUACUCUGGACUCACGACACGGGCCACUCGAGAUAUUCGAACUGCGCCAUCCAAUCCCCGGGAAACAGUAAGAUACUGGCUGAAUCUUGAUCUAUCGCGUAAACCGAACCCCCCCACCGCACCGGCUGUUGAACCAAAAUCGUGUAUCAUACUCUCGACCACCACAAGUCUACAACAUGUUCUUCCUUAAAGAAGAGGUCAAGGUUAUCACCUUGCACCCGUCCUACUUCGGGCCCAACAUGCGCGAGUAUCUCAUCAACCGGUUAAACGAGGAGGAAGAGGGACGUUGUACGGGCGACCAUUUCGUGAUCUGUGUGAUGGACAUGGUUGAUAUUGGCGAAGGACGGGUGCUCCCAGGCAGCGGACAGGCAGAAUAUACGAUCAAGUAUCGUGCAAUUAUCUGGAAGCCCUUCCGCGGAGAGACCGUCGAUGCGAUUGUUACGUCUGUCAAGCCCACGGGUAUCUUUACUUUGGCCGGUCCAUUGUCUGUUUUCAUUGCACGGAAAAACAUUCCUUCCGAUAUCAAAUGGGAACCGAACACAGUACCGCCGCAAUACACAGACCAUGCGGAUCAAGUCAUCGAGAAGGGGACCAGUUUACGGCUUAAGAUUCUCGGUGUGAAGCCCGACGUUGCGGCGAUCAAUGCCAUUGGAACAAUCAAGGAAGAUUACCUCGGGCACUAAAUGCACCUGAGAAGAAAAACGACGGGGGAGGGCAUAGGUUCUCCCAGGCCAGUGAGGAGGAUAGCUAUAUACCACGACCAGUUCUGGGACCUGAGUCUAAUAGUAUCUAGACUCCCGUUACUCCCUACUAUUUACAUAGCCAAGCA